ACGACUUUACUUCUCAAGUCGUUGUCUGAAUUCUCUCUUUCCGAAAACGGACACCACCUGAGUCUGCUGUCUGAAGCCUCGGCGGAGGGAGAUGAUGAAUCUGCCGGAGGUUGGAAAUGGCGGUGGCUCUGGUUUUCCGGCGGUCUCUGUAGGAAAUAAGAAGAAUAAGUAUCAGAGAAUGGACUCCGACGCGGAGGAAUCGCAGAAUCAUCUUGAAGCAGAGGCUAGAAACAGUAGAACCAGAAAAUACGUUAUGGCUUGUGCUUUUUUUGCAUCCUUGAACAAUGUUCUUCUCGGCUACGAUGUUGGGGUAAUGAGCGGUGCGGUGUUGUUCAUACAGCAGGAUCUCAAAAUAACGGAGGUGCAGACGGAAGUGCUCAUUGGUAGCCUCAGUAUCAUUUCACUCUUCGGCAGCUUAGCCGGCGGCAGAACCUCUGACUCCAUCGGUAGAAAAUGGACCAUGGCCUUGGCUGCUCUCGUCUUCCAGACUGGUGCUGCGGUGAUGGCUGUCGCUCCGUCUUUCGAGGUUUUGAUGAUCGGAAGAUUUUUAGCCGGCAUUGGGAUUGGUCUUGGUGUCAUGAUCGCGCCUGUCUACAUCGCCGAGAUAUCCCCCACCGUAGCCAGAGGAUUUUUCACUUCGUUCCCUGAGAUCUUCAUAAAUUUAGGGAUCUUGCUUGGCUAUGUUUCGAACUACGCUUUCUCGGGGCUUUCCGUGCAUAUCAGCUGGAGGAUCAUGCUUGCAGUUGGGAUUCUUCCUUCGGUGUUCAUAGGAUUUGCGCUGUGUGUGAUCCCUGAGUCUCCGAGGUGGCUGGUGAUGAAAGGCCGAGUGGACAGUGCACGAGAGGUGCUUAUGAAAACAAAUGAACGAGAUGAUGAAGUGGAAGAGCGGCUUGCAGAGAUACAACUGGCGGCUGCACAUACAGAAGGCAGCGAGGACAGGCCGGUGUGGCGUGAGCUUCUAAGCCCAUCUCCUGUUGUACGGAAAAUGCUGAUUGUUGGAUUUGGGAUCCAAUGUUUCCAGCAGAUCACAGGAAUCGACGCCACAGUCUACUAUAGUCCAGAGAUCCUGAAAGAGGCUGGGAUACAAGACGAGACCAAACUGCUCGCUGCAACUGUCGCUGUUGGGGUUACAAAAACAGUGUUCAUACUAUUUGCCACCUUCCUGAUCGAUAGUGUUGGCCGGAAACCGCUGCUUUAUGUGAGCACAAUUGGAAUGACUCUGUGUCUCUUUUGUCUAAGCUUCACGCUCACAUUCCUCGGCCAAGGAACACUUGGGAUAACCUUGGCUCUUCUCUUUGUUUGUGGAAAUGUUGCCUUCUUCUCUAUAGGGAUGGGACCUGUUUGCUGGGUCUUGACAUCAGAGAUCUUCCCACUACGGCUAAGAGCCCAGGCCUCAGCGCUUGGGGCGGUCGGAAACAGGGUGUGCAGCGGUCUGGUGGCCAUGUCCUUCCUCUCUGUGUCACGUGCCAUAACGGUCGGAGGAACAUUCUUCGUUUUCUCCCUCGUGUCUGCACUCUCGGUUAUCUUCGUGUAUGCGCUAGUCCCGGAGACAAGUGGGAAGUCGCUGGAGCAGAUAGAGUUGAUGUUUCAGGGCGGGCUGGAAAGAAAAGACGGUGAAGUUGAGCUUGGAGAUGCUGAGCGUCUUGUGCGCAAGGAACAGGAGUUUUGAGUGUUAUACUAUGGGCAGAAUUGAACAUGUUAAAGUAGAAGAGGCAGAAGAGAAUGGUGUUCUGUUCUUGUUUUAGAUCCAGUAAGACAGAUUUUGUAAGUGCGUUUGAUGAUGGUAUAGACCCAAUGCAUAUUCCAAAGAAGGCAAAUGCUCUGUUUUUUAUUCCUUGUUUCGAGAAGAAACCAUGUGAUACUCA